AUGAAGAUACGAAUGAUUCAUAUAAAGGACAAAAACUGUCAAAGGUCCAAGAAAAGGUCAAGGAAAGAAGAAAAAAACAACACAAACAACUUUUUUUCUUCUACGAAAAAAAAAAGAUAUAUGAUUUGUCAUCCGAUGAUGAUGAUGAUGAUUAAGACGACGACAGACACCGGUAAGUCGCUGGUGAAUACUACUCGUACUCAUUCGAGCAGAAGGAGACCGAUUUUGAUGGCGACGUCGUCGUCCUGUCUUUUUUUUAAUAAUAAUAAGAAUAAUAACAACAACAUUAACAGGAGGAGAUGGAGGAAAAAGAAUCGUCAUCAUCAUCGGAAAAAGAUGAUGACGAUGAUGAUGAUGACAAAGACGACGAUUCAGACGACGAGUAGUAAUAAGAAAACGGAAGAAGAAGAAGAAGAAGAAGAAGAAGAAGAAGAAGAAGAAAAGCAGCAACAUCGAACGACUUUAUUGAAAACCGGGGCGCUGCUUAAGAAAACGUGUUUUUCGAUUCUUGCCACGGUGUUCGUGACGAUGAGUGGUGAUGGUGAUGGUAAUGUUUUUUCUUUGCGAGAGAGUGUAAUAACGUCUUCAAAGUCCUCGUACGCAAACGCGUCCACGUACAACUACCGAGACGAAAACUACAUCGAAAACAUCGCGAAUUCGGUGUCCUCCUCGGAAGGGGAAACGAGGAAAGCGACGUUAAAAUCAAAGGUGAAAGGCGAAAACGGGAAAAAAAUUGAACGGUGCGCCGGACAAUGCAUAACGACGUGCGUGAGAGGGAGUUUCAAUUCAACCUCGGGUCCCGGGUUAGGACCGCUGACGAAAAUACAGGAACCGUUUGUCUUUAAAGACGGGUUCCGGAGUCGACAGUAUUGCGUGGAAGAGUGUUUGGAUUAUUGCGCGCUCAAAGUGAACAAAGAGGUGGCUUCGGCCGCACCGCCGAUAGCGUUGAAAUAA